AUGGGACGUCUUCUCGGCCAUUUGGCGGCCACCAUAAUCAUCGCUAUGGCCAUGCAACAAGGACAUGCUCAAUUCACAGCCUUUUUCAACCCAAGUGCUAACUGUUCCGAUACAUGCGCCCCGUCUCUUGGAUCCAUCGCCAUUAGACUCUGCAAAGAAGGAUUGAGUGGCGGAGGUUGUGGAGCUGUCACCGAUUACAUCAAAUUUACACCAUGUUGCGGAAAUGCAACUGCAAGUUGGAGUGAUUGGGGUGAUUGGGGAAAUUGCACGGCCACGUGUGGAGCUUGUGGAAGACAAAUGAGAACGAGAACUUGCGCAGUGACUAAUGGAUGUCCUGGCACUUGUCUUGGGAAUGACACUGAUACCUCAACCACUCCUUGCGAUCCACCAAACACCGUGGCUGACACAUACAAACUUUGCGUUGCCCCAAUGCCGGUUUGCUGUGAGCCAUAUCACCGAAAUGUUUCGAUGACAAUGAAGAAAAACAUCUGCACCACCUCGUUUGCUCCUGUGAAA